CUUCUUCUGUUGUGUUGGUGGUGGAGUUCAUCGCUUUCCCCCCGCCCGGGCCCGCCCCGCUCCUCCCCUCCUCCUACAGCUGGUACCGUGAUCGAACCAACCGAAGCCGCUGAUCCGUGUCUUCCUGUUGAAUUGGUUUUUCUUGUGCCGCAUAGCCUUUGUGGAGGUCUACCAUACCUUCGGAUUCUGGUGAAGCAGUACGUUAAUUCGAAGAAAUGUCAGGAGGUAGGCAAUCGUAUUGGUGCUACCAAUGUAGACAGCGGGUGAAUCCGCGUGGCCGGAGGAUGGAGUGUCCCUAUUGUGAUUCAGGUUUUGUAUCUGAAAUGGAUGAUGUGGAGGCUCUUAUGAGCCACUUUGUUGGGAUGGAUCCUGAUUUCCAUCGCGACCCAAGGUUCGGGAUCAUGGAGGCGAUCUCUGCGGUGAUGAGACAUGGCAUGGCAGGAGCGAAUCGGGAAGUCGAUGUGAGAGGCAGGCCAAACAUAUUUCCCGACCUGGAGAUGGAGUUUGGAUCAGGGCCAUGGCUGCUCUUCCGUGGCCAGAUCCCUGGUCAUCUCUCAGAAGACAAUGGUUUUGAUGUGUUCAUCAACGGACGUCGUGGCGUUGGCAUGCGGAGGGCAAACAUUGCAGACUACUUUGUUGGACCUGGACUGGAUGAUCUUAUUGAGCAAUUGACUCAGAAUGACCGGCAAGGUCCGCCGCCCGCCACUCAGUCCUCCAUUGAUGCCAUGCCAACUGUGAAGAUCACACAGCGGCAUCUUACCGGAGACUCGCAUUGCCCUGUCUGCAAGGACAAGUUUGAGCUGGGGUCUGAGGCAAGGGAGAUGCCAUGCAAGCAUCUGUACCACUCUGACUGCAUAGUUCCUUGGCUGGAACAGCAUAACUCCUGCCCCGUUUGCCGGUACGAGUUGCCACCACAGAGCACUGCUGGUGCUAGCUGCUCACGCACAAGAUCAACCAACCAAAGCCAAACUUCAAGUAGCAAUGGGAGAAGCAGUGUUGGACGUCAAAGGAGAAGGAAUCCGUUCUCAUUCCUAUGGCCUUUCCGAUCAUCGAGCUCUCGUUAGAUUAGUCUGGUAAUCUGGUUGGAGUUCUCAAUACUGUUUGAUCGAAGAUGCUCAUAAGAUGGGUGUUAUGCAUGGCAUCUUACUGUCUUACCUGUAAUGUAUGGCUUGUUAUGAUCACCAUGGAAUGGUUUUCCUUCCAAGUAUAUCCUUUUUAGCUUGCCACAACUUCAUAUC